GAAGGCAACUGGAGCGAAUUUUGUCACUUUAAAAUUUUGAUCAGUCUCAAAUUUUCAGUUUUUCCCGCUCGUGGCUGCGUUGUGAGCAAUAAUGGUGGAGUCAACACCUUCAGGAGCAGCAGCUUGGGAAGACGACGAAGACUGGGAGCUCGUGAAUGAAGACGGCUUCGUUUUCAAGCGCAGGAAGAAGCGCCGGGUCGACCCAUCUGCUGACUCGUCGCUCCGGGCUCCACCGUCUGCGUCUGCCGCGGAUCUACAGGAGGAUGCCGAGAAACUCCGGAGAGAGCGGAAGAAGAAGUCGCUUUUAAAGCUCAAAACUCAGUACCAGGCGGAGAUCGACCAGUGGGAACUUUUGUCGAGCACAUUGCGCGCAGUGGAAGAGAGGACGUGCCAUCUUCAAGAACAACAACAGCAACAUCGAUUGAACGAGCAAGAACGAGAGAAAACGGCGUCGUUGGCUGGUUCUGGUCCUUCUGAGCUUCAAGGGGCGGAGUCCGUUUGUGGGUCAGUGGUGGAUGAGCUUCUCUUGCAGGCAGAAGCCCAGGAAGCUAUCAUUGGUGAUGUUUCGAAUCUGUGUGACAUAGCGGAAGCAAUGUGUAGUGAACAAGAGGAACAGAUAACCCAAUCUCUACUCGAUCUUCCAAUCUGGGGCUCACCGCAGGAGCUCAUGAAUUCACUAUGUGACCCGUGAAUGAAUUGGUUCUAAGUAGCUUGUUGGUGGCUGUGGUUGUUUACUAAGAUCUUGAAAGAAAAAUUUGAAGCAUGUUGCUCUUCCACUGGCAGCUGCAGCUGUAGCCUGUAUUCAUAAAAUGCUCAGGAGGUAGGGAGUAGGAGAUGUUUCUUUUCUGGUAAUUUGAGUUAGCAUGAGUGAGUUAUGUAGCCAAACUAACCACAAGAUAUGAUGAGGCCUAGAAAUUGGAAAGUGCUUUCUCAUCACGUAACCUCAGCUCAGCACAGAAAAAGGGGGAGAGAGAGAGAGAGAGAGAGAGAGAGAGAGAGAGAGAGAGAGCGCACUGUUUCUUGGUUCUGAUCGAGCUUAGCUUUUUGCUGAUUGCUGUGUGUAUUAUUCUUGGGUUUUUUCUUCUUUUUUUAGGGUGGGGUCUCAAGAUCUCUAUAGCUCUAGCUCUAGUGGUGGUAUGUUGUAUAUGUUCUAUUGAUCAUAAAAUUUAUUCUAAUUCAUGCUUUCUUAUAGAGAUUACUUUGAGUUUUAGUUUGGG